AUGAUGGACGUCAACUACACGGGCGUCUUCAUGACGUGCGCCAGCGCCGCGCGCGCCAUGUUCAAGUGGAACGCCGGCCGCCGCGACGGCGCCAUGGUUGUGAUUGCCAGCAUGAGUGGUAGUGUCGCGAACAAGGGGCUCGUGUGCCCCGUGUACAACUCGAGCAAGGCGGCGCUGUUGCAGCUGACGCGCAACUUGGCCAUGGAGUGGAGCGCGAAGGGGAGGGAGAGCAAGAAUGGCCUGGGUGGGAUUAGGGUGAACAGUUUGAGUCCUGGGCAUAUCCUCACGCCGAUGGUCAAGCGCAACUUCGAAGAGGUGCCCGGCCUGCGCGAGAAGUGGGAGCGCGAGAACAUGAUGGGCAGGCUGUCCACGCCGGAAGAGUUCAAGGGUGCGGGCUUGUUCCUGCUCAGCAAGGCGAGCAGCUUCAUGACUGGCUCGAACCUCAUCAUCGAUGGCGGUCACACUGCCUGGUAA